AUGCAAUUGCGUCACCACAUAGAACUGGGCAGUGCUGCCAACCUGAUGACUGUGUCACAUUUGGCAGGCUGGCAGAAGCCCAGACUUCGUCACGGAUCUUUUGCCGUCGUGGUCAAUCCUGAAGAGACAGUUCUAGGUUCAAUGCAAAAGGAACUGAAGGAUGAAGGAAUCGACAUCAAGGACGCUGAGAGAGCAGCGCAGGAUGCGGAGAAAGCUGAGCUGAAAGAGCUCAACCUCAAGGAGCUGCAGGAGCUGAAGCAAGAGCCGCAAGAUCCGAAUCGCCACGAGUUCGUGGUUCCAAGGAUACCGAAGAAAACCACAGCACUGAAGGAUGAAGAGCCCAGGGCUGCAGAGAGAUCUGAGGAAAACCCUCCAAAUGGGCCACCAGCUCCACUGCCAGGCCCACUUCCAGGCCCUCCACUGGACCUAGAGGCACCUGAGCCCUAUGACGAAGGCUAUGAAGAAGGCUAUGAAGAAGUGCCUCUUCUAGACCAGGACUUGGAGAAAGCAGACAUAAGAUACGACUCCAAGGUGGAUCCGCAGCUCAAUCGCAUAGCCGACCAGGUCAAUGCCAAGAUAGAUAUGGUGGAGGAGAGACUGCUUGGCAAUCGCCUCCAAAACUUGGUGGUUCCCUUUCCGGCUUCCGAUGCAUCUCGUGAUGCCAGCAGUGUCCAUGUCUUCCUUGGCAAUCCUUCCACUACAACUCCAGAUGUUGGAACGCCACUCGACGAAGUUAACCAGCUGCUGCAGAAAGCUGACAGCAUUGAGAAGGGGCUGGUUGCGACCUCCAACCUUCAGAUGCAAGGCGUCGCUCCGAUAGGACUUUGCGCAGGCCUUCUAAUGGCUGGUCACAGUUCGUUCAUAUAUCGGUCACAGAUGAGAAUCAUCAGAACUGCUGGCUUCCUUUGA